GUCAAGGUCCUUUUUUUAAAAUUCGAGGUUAGUGUCGUUCAGUAAAAUAAUCUUUACAAGUGCUUGUUUGAAUAAUGCAUAGAGAAUUUCUAUAUAUUCAACCAAUUGGAAGUGUGAAUUGGUUAUUACAUACACUUUAUACCCAAUCAGCGUUUUCCAAGUGUACAGAUAUCAUUAAAAAGUGUACUAAUGGGCAGUUUACGUUAAAUGACGAUUACCAUUUGUAUUGUUUAAGUCUAAUAAAUCGACUUGGUGGGUGUAUACAACAAUCCUUGGAUAGUUUAUUUAAAUGUUUGGAGCAUAACAACAAGUCAGUUGAUAUAAUGAAGCAAAUCGCAAAGUCAUUGUAUUUACAAGGUCAUCAUAAUGAAGCAUUGGAAAUUUAUCAAGAUGCUUUAAAACUUAAUCAAAAUGAUUGGGAAAUACCAUUUGGGCAAGGUAUAUGUUAUUUCUACAUGAAAAAAUUUGAAUCGGCUGAAAAGUAUUUUAAAAAAUCUAGUAAACUUACCAAAAGUAUUAAACCAUUGAAAUGGUUAACAAAAGUUCAUUUAGAAAAGAGCUCAAUAAAUUCUGCUAUUGCAACUUUGAAGAAAGCAACCUCACUAGUACCUGAAGAUCCGGAUAUCUUAUCUAAUCUGGGUUCAUUAUAUUUCCAAACCAAUCAAGAACAAUUAGCAUUUGAAUGUUUAAGCUCAGCAAUUAUUUUAAAACCGGAUCAUUUUGAUGCAAAUCAAUUAGCUGGUUUAGUUAUUACACUGCAUAAAGAUUAUGAUGUGGCAUUGAACAAAUAUCGAUCAAUAUUAAAACAAUCUUCUGAAAGUUCAAUAUUAUGGAAUAAUAUUGGUGUAGCACUAAUGGGUAAAAGAAACCUAAUAGCUUCUAUUACUUGUUUUAAACGUGCCAGUUACUUAACACCAUUCGAUUGGAGAAUAUCAAUUAAUCUGGGUAUAAUUUAUAUGCAUACAUCACAAUGGUUAAGUGCAUUUCAACAUAUCACUACAUCAAUUAAUCUGUUUAAUAUGAUUAAACAAAGAUCGAUCCAUCGUUCUGUUAUAAAUGAUAAUGAUGACAAAAAUAACCAUAAAACUACUCAUGAUGUUGGCAUGAUAUAUUGUUUUUUGGGUUAUUGUUUAAUUAAAUUAAAUGAAUAUUCCAAAGCUUAUGAAGCUUUUAUGAAUGCAUAUAAACAAAGCAAUAAAAAUCCUUUAGUGAUUUUGAAUUGUGCAAAUUUUCUUGUCAAAUCAAACAAAAAAUUGGCCAAUCAAAUGUUUGCAAAAUAUAAAAAACUUAAUUUAACCAGUGAAUUUGAAUUACCAUAUUGGGUGAAUAAAAAUGAUGUAGAUAAAUUAGUCAAUCAAUUGGAUACACAUCUUAGACAAAAUACUACAGAAUCAACUGAUUCUAUGCAAAUUUCAAUAUAGUUCAAUGAAUAUCUGUAUGUGGGCAUUUAUUUUUAAAAAGUUGUUAUUAUGGUUAUCAACUUUUAACUGCAAAAUAUGAAGUACAGUCGUUGAAAUGCAAGUGUUUACUUUCUCACCCUUUCCAUCUAAAAAAAAUCUUUAUUAAUGGUUAGUUUUAUAAAUUUUCUAGUGUUCGUUCUGAGGUUGUUCUUUUUUGUAUUUUAAUUUCUAUAAAGGUUAAGAUCAUUUCAAUUGUCAUGACGAUAGUGAUAUGUCUCGAUGAGAAUAAUGAAUGGUAAUUGUUAGAAUCUAUUUCUGGUCUAAUACUAUACGUAUAUUUUUAUCGUAUAAUUGUUAAUGAACUAAACUAUUCAUAUUCGUGUCUCUCUUAUCAUAAGCUUUAUUUUAACCUAUGAACUGUUAUUAUACGAUUUUCCACUCUUGAAUUAUUCCCUGUCUAUUAAUCAUUACCUCCCACAUUUACAGCCACAUUUGGCCAAAUCUUGUACAAAUGUUAUUUUCUAUUUUAUGGUACGAUGUGGUCUGCUUGAUUGGUAUAUAAACAGAGUAUGUUUGAAACACAUGAUUCAUGUUGUAGAGGCUGAGACUGGUGUUCUGGACUUAACUGGCUGGGCUAGACGGAAAGCAGGGUUAAUCAAGACACUAGACUGCUCGCACGUGUUUUACGCGUCCUUGGUUCGAUCGAUAAUUCACUGUUCUCUAAUUGGAGGUACCAUUACGUUAUACGUUAACAGAGCACACAGGCCGCAAGUUAUAACAUGUUCCGACACGUCUCUUGUGUGUGAAGUGGUAGUUAAUCUCUUUGGUUUCGACGGCGAAACGCCUUCAGUAAACAUAAAGACAGUGAACAGGAAUACUCUAUACAUAUGGCUAUAGUUAAAUGUAAAGAUACUCAGUCCGAGUCAAUUAAGCUCAUACAGUCAACUUAUUGGGGGACAGUAACGCUGAACUCACUUAAAAACAGUUUUAAAAAGUGGAAACAAUUGGAAGAGACAUUUCCGUUGCUGCAAACUAACAAAUGAUAGUUGUUUAGUAGUAUAAGCCAUAGUGUUCCGCAUUGACUCUCACCUUCCAGUCAAUGUAUCACUAUAUUUGCCUCUAAACAUCUGUUUAGGGAAUCCAUUCUCUGUCAGCUAUGUAGCAUAUGAUAACACUAAGCCUAUCUCAAGAACUGUGAACAGCCUUGUUAUUGGAAGAGCUAUGGUACUUACUAAGAACAUGUUGAAUGAAGAUAAUUGUAAAUCCACUUUAGAAUAUGAUAUCCUACCGAGCAUGUGGCUUCCAGAUAUAUUGAUUUAAUGAUAUUGGUUAAACUAUGCUCAUUUAUGUGAUUAGUUUGAAUGCCUGUGCCAUUUGUACUAAUGAUUCCUUUGUGCCUACUUGCCCACCGAUUGCGAAUUCCAAAUACAAUACGUCCAUUUGUACGCAUCUAAUUUUUUGCUUGACUUAAACAGCACUAUUUCGGGAACUCCUAGUUAGUACAAUAAUUCAAAUACUUCCAAUCAUAAUGACCUGUACGUGAUUCUCAAUAUUCUUUUAUCUGGUUGUCUGUCUGUGUGUCUAUAUAUUCAUUAAUCAUGUUCGGUUACUACAUUGAUUUAUGAAUAAUUGAGAUGUGACGACGCUCAGGACAGUUUGUUUUCAUCUCAUCAAAAUGCAGAUUAGACUAGUAGAGUUUAAUCCUUGAUAUAUUUCACGACAAUGUUAUUACCUGAAAUUCUAUUGUGUCAGCGUUAUUUCUAUACUAAUAUAAUUGCUAGUUAUUUCAAUUACCAUUGUCAAUAUAAAUACAAUUCAAACACAAAGAGAUCUGAUUUUGGUGUUAACUCAAUACUGCUACUUUUCCAGUCCAUUUAAUCUGCUUUAAAUGCGAACAAUUUAACCAAUACUAAGAAAUAAAUCAACUCUGUUCUUCCCACCAGUGAGAUUCAACGUGGAACCUGCUGAUUCCCAAAAGAUAAGAUGGGGAUAUUAACAUGAUGUAUGCUAUCUGUCAUAGAUCUCAUUGUUUUAAUAGGUUGCUAACGUUAUUAUUAUCCUACACCACCUUAGGCUAUAUCAAGAAAGAGGAUGUCAACUAAUACUCGUGACAUUUUCUGUGAUUUUAAGACGUCGACCGUAGACUGGAACAACGCACCGCAUGUAAAAGUUUUCAGAGCCUUUUUCUAAACAAUCUUAUAACACUCCAUCUCUGACAUGAUAAACAGUGAAUUCCAUACUCUUGAGUUUAGAUCGAUAUCAAUAAUCACAUUAGGGUGUAGUGACUCACGCUUAUCACGAGAACACGACUGGUUUAAUAAAAACAAUUAUUAUUAUAACCAACUGUACCAGUGUUUGUUUUAAUGUGCUUUUGUUUGACUGUGCUAAUGACAGCUAUUUUGUGCUUCCAUUCUUAUAUACACACUUUGAUUGUAACUUCGCGCGAAUUCGGUUACCUUCUGUAACCAAGGUUGUAUCCUGGCACGAUCUCGGUAUCCUUUCGAUGCCACGAGAUCGCCAGCUAAUAAACCUCGAC